AUGCCCAAGCCAUCUCCAUCUCCAUUCCUCCCCAGCCCACUUCUUUCCCCCUCGCCCUUGCACCUUAAUUUUUUUCCUAUCUUGUUCUUGGAGUCCUGGAAUUUGCUUGAUUUGCGCGCGCCCUAUCUCCGUCACUACUACAUCGGCCACCCCCGCGUGUCUUUACAUGGCGUGAGGGUGAGUACACUCUGGGGAACAACAGUGACCCCGGUUAAACCAGCCAAGGCAUGA